AUGAGCCGAAAACCAGGCAAGUCGCGGGCUGCCAGCAGCAAAGCCUUCACAAGUUUCGGUACCAAUAGUGCCUUUGGUGGUGGGUUUUCGACCUCCUCUAGUGGUGCCAACCUCUCCUACCUCGCCGAGCCGCCUGAUUUCACCUCGAUAUCCGACGCCAACGUCGUCGUCUCGCUCAAGAACCUACAAAAGAAAGAUGCUACAACCAAGGCCAAGGCCCUCGAGGAAUUGGUGGCCUAUGUCCAGUCCCACCCGUACGAUCAGGAUGGAGGCACGGAAGAGCCCAUACUGGAAGCAUGGGUCCAAUUGUACCCUCGCAUAUCAAUAGACAAUUCCCGACGUGUUCGCGAGCUCUCCCACGCCCUGCAAUUCGAGUUGAUGACGUCCGCCCGCAAGCGCAUGGAGAAACACAUACCCAAGAUCGUCGGCUCCUGGCUUGUUGGAACAUUCGACCGGGACAGGGCCGUAUCCAGAGUAGCCACCGAGGGUCUCUCGUCCUUCCUCACUACGCCUGAGAAGGUUACCCAGUUCUGGAAACGGUGCCAGCAGCAGAUUCUCGACUACGCGUCUGAUGCGAUCAAGGAAACAACCGACACUCUUAGCGAUCAGCGGUCUACGAACACCGAUGAUGCCGAGACCAAGUACCACAGAGUCCUGGCGGGGAGUCUUGCGCUGGUCCUCAAUCUCUUGCAAAAGUUGGAGCCCGCCGACACCGAUAAAUGUUUGGAUAGUUACGAUCAGUUUUUUGAGGAGAACAAGGUGUGGGCAAGCGCUACGAUCAACGACCCUGUUGUCAGGCGACUCUCCUGUCAACUUCUGUCCACCUGCCUAUCUAAACGGCCAGGCCGGAUAGAGGCUGAUCUGGCUCGCCUCAGCAAGGUCUUCGUUGCCGAGGGUCUGAAAAGUCCCCAGAGCGGCUCUGCGACUGAUUACGUCGUUGCCUUGACAAACUUGACGGAAAAGCACCCCAGUGUAUGGACCUCAGAGUAUCGAGGGAAGAAGUCACCAAUCUCACGGCUGAAGGUCUUACUCGAAAGGGGAUCUCAAGGAGGCACAGCAAGGUUUUGGAGCUCUCUCACUCAGUUGCUCAGCAUCUUACCGGACGAUGUGCUUCCGAAGGACCCUGUUGGUAUUGCAGAAUUCUUAAAGUCCCUGAGAUCAGGUCUUACAAGCCGUGAUGAACCCCGAGCCAACGCCGUAGACGCGUGGUCAACGUAUCUUGCCAUGACGCGGCAUUUCAUGAAGACUGUUCAGUCCAGCGAUGCUCGACAACAGCUUGUGGAGGAAAACAUCUUCCCGCUUACCGCACACUACCUUCACCCAACGCCAGAGACAUCGAUGUGGGCUUCUGGUAGCCAGAUACCAAUUUUGAUCAAGGUUUUCACAUCAACGGCAACGUCGGCUUUUGAGGAUAUGGUUGAAGCCACGCGGGUGGAGUGGGACAGGUUGAAAGAAAUCAUGAAGGAUAACAUCCGCAAUUCGUUGCCCGAAGCCUCUAAAGAGCACCAAAAGUCACAAAAGUCUGUUGCCGACGAGGGCAAGAGAUGGUUCAUCCUGACGGGGACACUGUUGGACGCCCACGAGAGGACGGUCUCUACAGAUCGUCCAAUACCCGAUAUCCCAAAACGGCCUUCUCUGGAACUACUUGGAGAAUGCGUUAAGCUGCUUGAGACUAGGAAUUGGAAGCCAUUCGGUCCUGCUGCCACUGUCGAGUCGGCUUUCAAUCACGCGCCCUCGCUAUUCAAGUCCUCUUCGGGUGGGAUCAGCGAUGUAUUAGAGUGCCUAGAAACUUCACUACCCGAAAGUAAGGAAGAAUUCUUGACCUCGUCGGCCGCCCCUUACUUGUUUUCGAGUAUCAUUCUCUUAGGCCAGAUUCCCGAGAGGAAACAAGACUUUGAGAAGAUCUGGGAAGCGAACACUGCAACUCUUGUCGAGUGUAUAGAAAGCCCAGGCGCUGUGCCGGCACUGACUAAGCUAAUCUCCAGCAAAUGUGCUACCCCUAUCGCGCAACAGAUGCCAAUACUACAGACGGAAUUGAUCAGGAGAUGCUUGAUGUGUGCUGUUGGAAACUCCGGGUCUAGUUGGGAGCUCUUCGACGCCAUCGUCACUUACGAUACGUUGACAGAGUCUGCCGCGAAUCGACUACUGAAGGAGUUUGCAGGUCGUGUCAUGAACUCCACGGGCCAGCCCAACCAGGGUGUGAUCAGGGGCCUGCAAUAUAUAGCGCAAAAGAAGCCAGAGCUACUCUCUCACGACGAAGAGAUCCACAUGACAUUGAUGACCAACCUACUGAGUCUGUCAGAACGACCGGGUGUCGGCCCCGAAAUCAUGGCCUUGCGUUCCUUGAUGGAAAUUCCUCCCAGCGGCCGCUCACGCCUCCUUGGGCUUCUCCAGGAGAACAUUAACAACGCCAAUGCGGGAUCACUCUCGGUCGACACCCUUGUCCAGCAAGCUAUGCAGGCCCAAGAGUCAAUUGACACAUCAGCCAUUGAAUCAGACCGGAGAAGCGAGUUGCUGGCACUAUUACCAGAUGCCGAGAAAUGGAGACACGAGCUUUCUUUUCUUCUACAAGAGACCCCCAAUCCAUCUCUAGCGCUCACCAGCAGCCUGGGUGGUGCCUACUUCCUGCCAGUCACGGCAUCAACCAGAACCAACACUAACUCACCACGAGAUCGGAGUGGCUUUUCGAUCCCUGGUCGCAUGGCCAUGUAUACUGCCAAGCUACUAUCUGCCGGGUUCGACUUGGCUCAUUUGGCAUUGUCCACUCAAGUUGAGAUCGUCAUUAGCCUGAGUUUGACCGCUGAGCUGGCUACUGACCAGCUGACGGUUAUGAGUGAGAACCAGAUAUGGAGCUCACUGGGAUCGGAAGUCUUAAUAUCAGAAGCCGAGAACUUGAUAUCAACCGCACGGAAAGCAGUUAUGCGCCUGACAGAGGAUGCUCCCGACUGGCGCGACGGCUCCGGACCCAACACGUCACGUUUGAUGAAUGACAUUAUUCGGACCUUGAUCGAAGAGGCAAAAUCCGUCACACCCAAGGGCUUGUACUGCGCUCGCGUCUUGAAUGAGAUUCUCCAAGGCUUGACAGAGAAGCAUGGUUUUCCAUCGAGUGGGGAGCAAUGGUUGACGGACCUGGGGGUCUUAAAAUCCGCCCCUUCGACCGUACUUCCUGGGGUGGCGAUCCUGACUGGUCUAGGCGAAACGGUAUCUGCAUCCAGGGCGGUCAGCAAUUUCUGCAAUCGUUUGGUCAGCGACAUUGCGGGUGCAUCUCCGGGUCAGGAGAAGACGCUCGUCAUUCUCGUGCUUCUCAAUGCAUGCACGCAGAUAUAUGACAUCGGCGAGCUACCGGUUGCCAACAAUCGACUAGUGUUUGCGGUGAAGCAGAUUACAUCAUGGCUUGAGUCACCUGAAGAGCUCGAUUAUCGUUUCGCGGCGGAGGCCUGUCGCAGCUUGCAACGUCUCCUACCAUGUGUGAAAGACGUGUACGGGUCUUACUGGGAACGGACUGUGGACUUCUGCAUCUACCUCUGGACGAAGCAGAUGGCCCAGUCACUGGAUUGCCGACUACCAGAGAUACAUGCAUCUCUGCGAAUAUUGUCCAUUCUUCAGUCCUUGGAGGAUCCCAAUGAUGACCUGGUGGAUGUAUUGCAAUCUUCGGCAGAAAGGAGAUCAGCUGCAUUGAUCGAGUUACUGAAACUCCCCAGAGAAAGAGACACACAGCCUCUUGAGAUUGUCGACUCAUUCAUACGUCGGCAGAUUGACAAGCUACCACUGCAUCAUGUCAAGGAUCCUUCCGAGCUGUACGCGGUUGCUGCGAGUGAGUAUCGGACAAUUCAGACAGCGGCUUUCACAGUACUCCACAAGGCACUCCCAGCUGCACAAGAGCAGCUCUCAGUCGACGUGCUGCUGGAGAAGAACACCGCGCGACUGCCCGAUGAACUCCUGUCUCUACUCCUUGACGCGCCAACCCUGGAUGCCUAUCCCGAUGAUGUAUUAGCCCGGUUCCCAACUCCUAUCCGGUCUUACCUCUUGUCGUGGCAUCUGGUCUUUGACUCUUUUAGCUUUGCUUCUUUCAAGGUGCGCGGCGAUUAUGCCGAAAAUCUCAAGAGUGCCAACUACAUUGCCCCCCUCAUGGAUUUCACCUUUGACGUACUGGGUCAUUCGGCAGCUCGUGGACUGAAUCUGGAGAGAGCCGGCUUUACAUCAGAGAACAUUCGUGCAUACGACUUGAAACUCGCCGAAGCGGAGACCGAAGAAAGAAACAUGCAGUGGAUCCUCAUUCACCUGUUCUACCUUGUUCUCAAGUACUUGCCGGGUCUUUUCAAAUCGUGGUACAUCGAGUGUCGAUCGAAGCAAACCAAGAUCGCCGUGGAGGGAUGGAUGGCCAAGUACUUCUCCCCGAUCAUAAUAUCAGAGGCUCUGGAUGAUGUUGUGAAGUGGACCGACAACCAAGAGGCACCUGCGGAUGACGAGAAAGAGCUUAUCGUCAAGGUCAGUCGUGCGGCAAGAGAGGUUACUGCCGGCUACGAAGUGGACGAGCUGCACGCGUCGAUCGCAAUCCGUAUACCGCAAGAAUACCCGCUUCAGGGUGUUACUGUUGUUGGCGUCAACCGUGUCGCGGUGAACGAGAAGAAAUGGCAGAGCUGGAUCAUGUCCACCCAGGGCGUCAUCACAUUCUCCGGUGGAAGCAUCAUCGACGGUCUGACAGCGUUCCGACGAAAUGUGGUCGGCGCCAUGAAGGGCCAGUCGGAAUGUGCUAUUUGCUACAGCAUCAUCAGCAGCGACAAGAAGAUGCCAGACAAGCGCUGCCAGACGUGCAAGAACCUCUUCCAUCGUACCUGCCUGUACAAGUGGUUCCAGAGCAGCAGUCAGAAUACUUGUCCGCUCUGUCGAAACCCGAUAGACUAUCUUGGUGCAGAUACGCAAGCCAGAAGGGGUGCUUAG